AUGGCAUCCAACAACAACAACAACAACAACUCCCCCUCCUCCCCCACCAGCCCCACCUUCACAACCCCCCCCCUCCCCUCCCCCCGCCUCAACCCCGCUCCCACCGAGACAAUCCUCGACAUCUGGGAGCAGCAACACAACGACGCCACUACCCACAACCCCCGCCUCCCCCCUCGACCUCGUCCCCCCUCCACCCACACCCGCACCCGCCGCAUUAACACAGCCCUCACCACCGCCACCGCCCACGCCGCGCACCACACGGCGCUCAACACGGCCUACCUCUCCCUCCGCGCCCUCGAGUCCUGGGCCCUCCAGCACUGCGCCUGCACCCCCGCCACCAUCUCUUCUUCCUCCUCUUCCCCCUCCUCCCCCUCCUGCGCCUGCUCCUCCCCUUCCUGCUCCUCCUGCAACCCCGCCUGCGCCCACCACGCUCCGGACGACCAUGCCGCGCUGAUUGCGCACGCGCUUAGGCGCGGUAUGGCGGACGGCGCGAUGUGGGACUGGGACGACGAUGAGGAGGAUGAGGACGAGGACGAUGAUGGGGGCGCGAAGAAGUGGUUCCGUGCGCUCGCGGUAGCGGCCGCGCGGUUGGCGGAUGGGGGGGAGGAGGAGGAGGAGUUGGCGAGGUUGGGGGCCGGGGCGCGGAGGGCGGUGAGGGCGGUUGUGAGGGCGGAGGAAGGGGUGAGGAGGGUGGAUCAGAGUAGUAGUGGGCUGAGCAGGUGUGAGAGGGAGGCGGUGGAGGCGAUGAGGCAGGGGUAUUGGAGGAUGGACGGCGAUGAUGACGAGGUGGUGAAGGUGAGGAUGCAGGCGGAGAUGAUGCGCGUGCCGGUGGCGUACAAGGUUGCGGUUGGGGGCUUGGAGGGCUGGGUCAAGGGGAUGGAGAAGAGGUACAAGAGCCUGCUGAGGCAGGUCCGGGGGGUGUAUGCUGAGAUUGGGCGGAGGGAGGGGGACGGCCAUGCGCAGAGCGUUGCGGAUGCGCUGGAUGGCCCGACGGUGCUGGUGGUCGGCCGGUUGAUGGGCGCGUUGGGCUGGACCCAGGCCAAUCUGGAUGCCGGUGCGAGUACCAUCAACUCGACCACCACUAGCCAGGGCCGCCCGGGCUCGCCGUGGCACCAGCUGAUCAUCACCAGCAUCCCGUACAUCGGGCGGCUGCUGAGGGAUGUGGACUUCGCCGCCUACAAGCUCUCCCGUCCGACGAAUGCCGACGGCAGCUGGAUAGAUGCCGCCCCGGUGCUGGCGAAGCUGAGGCAAGGACUCGACCGCUACCUCGCGUGGACCGUGGCUAACUUUGACAGAAUCCACGUCCAGCUCUGCGCGCGGCUGGCCGAGAUGCAGGCCGACCCCAUCUACUACAACGACCCGCUCCACGCCACCGUUCGCUCCGCCUUCAAGACCACGACCGGCAUGUUCGUCAGCCCCCGCCUGAAGCGCUUCCUUCCGCUCGGCGUCCACCAAGGGGAGUUCGCCAGCGCACUGCAGAAGCUCGAGCCGCACCGGGCCACACUGCCCGCCCGCCUCCGCGCCGACUACAACAUCAUGUGGACGGUGCACUUCCUGUACAACCUCGGCAUCGAGGCCGAGCAGAAGCGCGCCCAGUGCGACAAGAGCCUCGCCCUGAUCCUGCCCGACGCGCUGCACUUGCACCGCGAGUCCGCGGUGCGCACGGCGACGGCGCGCUGGGAGAAAUUGGACGCGAAGUACGCCGAGACUCUGGAUGCCGCCGUCGAGUCGGCCGAGCAGCAUGAUGCGCACAGCAUUGCGGCGAGGGACGUGCUGGCCGCGCUGCGCGAUGGAGAGUCGCUGGAGCGCGCCGCCGAGCUGGCUACCUUUGGCAACUUGGUGGGGCCUGGCGGAAGGUGCGUCGUCGAGCUGCUAGAAUGCGCCAUUGAGUGGCGCGACAAGGCGGAUGCGGCGAAGGCCCACGCUCGGCGCGUCGAGCGCUUCCAUGCCAUGUGGACGCGGCCAAAGCGGACCGUACAGAUGGCCUUCCGCCCGCAUUGA